UGUAUGAAUAUACAUUUUAAAAAAUAAUACGAUUUAAAAUUAUUACUAAAUGAACGCAGUUAUCGAUUUCAACGGUUACUUAACCUCAGAAAAUGAAUAUAUUAUAAGAGAAUAUUCACUGUUAAUAGUAACCGAGUCGGGAAAAAUAAUUAAAAACAGCUUAGAAGUAUCAAAACUAUCCCUACUAAGAAAAACAAUGAAUAAAAUAACAAAACUAAAUUACAAUGAACGUUACGAAACAUAUGGAAUACUCGAGACUUCUGGAUCUGAUGAAAUCCAUCGUAUUCGUAAAAACAUUACAGCAGUAUUAAAAUUUGUAAAUUAUAUCUUUGUACUUAAUGAAAAUAAGUUAAACCAAUUAAUCGAUUUCAUCAAAACAAAGAAAAUAAAUGAAAAAAAGUUCAUUUGUUGCGAUGAUUUAGGUUAUUUAGUUAAACCAAAAAACUUACCAUACUGUAAGUUUCAUGAUCAUCCUAGUGACAAUAAUUGUGUUAUCGAUGAUGUUAAAAGUAUGUUAACCUGGUUAACAAGUAACAAGUUUCUGUAUUCGGUAAAUAGAAAAAAAAUACACGCUGUUGUAGAUUUCGUAGGUUAUGAUAUGCCUCAUAACGCUUACGUAGUUAAAGAAAUUAGUAUACAUAUAAUGAAUCACAAGGGAAACCUAUAUAAAACAUAUUAUGGAAUUGUUGAACCUCCGUGUGAUUUUGAAAAACUACCAGCUAAUUAUCAAUUAGCGUACGGUUACUUUUAUGAUAUUUACGGGAUAAAAUGGUCCAGGGAAACUAUAGAUGUUAAUGAAUUCAAAAUAAAUUUAUCUAAAUAUUUUGGUAACACAACUUAUAUUUACGUGAGAAAUUCAAAUCAAAAAAAGUUAUUGAAAGAUUCGAUUGGCGACUUUAAUUGUACCAUUAUUUGUUUAAAUAAAUUUGGUUACAAUGUGCCGCUUAAAUUGUUAACUAAAUGUAAAAAUCAUGAAAAACCAAAUAUGAAUAAUUGUGCGCGUGAUAAUUCAUGGAACAUGAUGACUUGGUUACAAAAAACUAAAAUUUAUAAACCAAAAAUGCGUACUGAUACAUUAAAGGCAGCUUUUGAUAAACAUUUUAAUAAAUAAAUAAAAGAAUAAUUAU